UAGAUCCGGACCUUUAUAUGCAGAUUUAUUUAUUUAAUUCUCAUUUCAGCGCGCCUGUGUGGACGUGCAGGCUGUCGGAGUGAGAGGAGUGAAUUGCGCGAAAGACCUUAAAACGCUCAACAAGUGCUUUUUUGUUUUUCUUCUUUUCUUUUUGUAAAUAAUUGCGCUGGAUACUCUUGAUUCUGCGGAGUUGUGAGGACAAAGCCGCUUUCUUUUUCUGCCUGCUGGAGGCAUGUAUCUGCUCUCGGAGGAGGACGCCGCCUGUUUUCUGGACAGAAUGUCAUUGAAAGUCGUGUGAAGUGCGGAUGGAAACUGAAGCUGCUUCUGAAAGCCUGAAAUAACGCGAACAACGGGACCAAGUUAACAUUCUCCGCUCCCUCUGUCUGUGAGCGCUUCAGUCACGGGUGGACUUUCUUUCCUUUUAUUUUUUUUGUUUUUGUUUUUUGUUUUUCCAGCCCUCCUUCCAUCAUCAUUUCUCCUCAGAUGCUGACAAUGACUGCGUGUCGUGAUUUCCGAGAAAGCAUGGGCUUAGAUUUUUAGGGGGUUGAUUUGACUUGUGUGCGCCCCGCUGACCGUGUCUCAUUUUCCGUGUGCGUGUUUGUGGACGCGGCGUCAGGAUGGAUCGGUGCGCGCCGGAGUGUGAGCGUCUCUUUUGGUCGAUACUUCAUGUGCAAUAACAGUCCCUCUGCUGCCACCGAAGGAGCGAGUGUCCUUGUCAUUCAUCCUCGGAUGGAUGUUCCGACCCAAACAUCCCUUACGUAACGACAUGUGUGUUGGAGGUGAAUAAAGGCAUUACUGGAUGAGAGGUGUGGAGAAAUAGGCGACGCCGACGGUCAAUGAGCGACCAGGACGCUUAUCUACAGCAGACCGGAAAGCCGGUGCCGAUAUGACCGGCGCUGGAGCGCCGAGGGCGGCUGUGGAGAGGAGAGGGAGGGCCGCGGGCGGAGAGCAACCUUUCAAGGACGAGGAAGGAGGAAUGAUGGAGAAACAUCUGUGAGGACAAACGAGACUCUUGAAGUGGGGGUGAAAAUGAGGCUGCUGGCGUGACAGUUGGGAAGAGUAAAGAAUUCAAUCAUCUGCGUGGGGCCAUUUCCAAGGGCACCGAGGUAAGGAUGGCCACAUUACCGGGGAGAAGGAGGGGGUGCGAGGAAGCAGCUCCAGGAGAAUGAACACAGACUCGGGUUACUCCCCCCCCCAUCAUCUUUUGUUUUAAUAAAAACGACAGAGACAUCUUUACCUAUGUAGGAUAAUCUGAACAGGUGAUCACAGCCUACAGGUUAUAGCACCAUUCUCCCUGAGUGGGGAUGGAUGGAGUGGCGGGAGGUGUGGGCACCCCUGGCAGCGCUGGGGGCUCUGGGGCAGACACCCUGCCCAGGCGGACUGAUGGAGAAGCAAAGCGGCGCAGUAAAGGCAGCCUGCCCUCCCCGGGUUACCGGCUGUCCCAGGCCUCUCUGGAGGGAGAGAAGGGCUCCUUCAGUGCAGACAGCUCCUCCAUGGGUGGACGAGGCCGCCGCCCCUCCAUCAUGAGCUCCUCCCCCAGGGACAGCCUCCCCUUUCGGGCGGCGGGCACCCCAACCACCCCGGGGACCCUGCCCAUGGCACUACCACCUCCAGCAGCAUCCUCCUCCUCCUGCUUUACCCAUCCUCCUCCUGCUCCACGCUCUGUGGGCUUCGCAGCGUCCCGUGCCGCCCUGGCCUCCACCUCCUCCACCGGAACCGGGGUCAUGGUGGUGGCCACUGGCGGAGAGACGACCACCACAGCCUGCAACACCACCACGGCAGGGACCCCGGAGAUGGCAUGCCAGUCUGGGCUUGGAGGGUUUGGGAUGGGGCUGGACGGAGAGGACUACAGCAACUCCAACCAGAGCACCUUCAUUCAAAGACAGUUUGGUGCCAUGCUUCAGCCCGGAGUCAACAAGUUCAGUCUUCGUAUGUUCGGGUCCCACAAAGCUGUUGCCAUGGAGCAAGAGAGACUAAAAUCAGCAGGAGCCUGGAUCAUCCACCCCUACAGUGACUUCAGGUUUUACUGGGACCUGCUGAUGUUGCUGCUGAUGAUGGGGAACCUGAUCAUCCUGCCGGUGGGCAUCACGUUCUUUCGGGACGAGAACACCCCUUCAUGGAUCAUAUUCAAUGUGGUUUCUGACACUCUCUUCAUGGUUGACCUGGUUCUGAACUUCAGGACCGGCAUCAUGAAGGAAGACAGCACCGAGAUCCUCCUUGACCCAAGGGCAAUCCGCCAGAAGUACCUGAAGACCUGGUUCCUCGUGGACUUUGUGUCAUCCAUCCCCGUGGACUACAUCUUCCUGAUGGUGGACAGUCUGGACUCGGAGGUCUACAGGACGGCCCGGGCGCUGCGGAUAGUCCGCUUCACCAAAAUCCUCAGCCUGCUUCGUCUGCUGCGUCUGUCCAGGCUCAUCCGCUACAUCCACCAGUGGGAGGAGAUCUUCCACAUGACCUAUGACCUUGCUAGUGCCAUGGUGAGGAUUGUAAACCUGAUCGGUAUGAUGCUGCUUCUGUGCCACUGGGACGGCUGUCUCCAGUUUCUGGUCCCCAUGCUGCAGGAUUUCCCUUCUGACUGCUGGGUUUCCAAGAACCUGAUGGUGAACGACACAUGGGGUGUGCAGUACUCUUACGCUCUGUUCAAAGCCAUGAGCCACAUGUUGUGUAUCGGGUAUGGCGCCCAGGCUCCCGAGGGGAUGACUGAUGUGUGGCUCACCAUGCUCAGUAUGAUCGUCGGUGCCACCUGCUACGCCAUGUUCAUCGGCCACGCCACCGCCCUCAUACAGUCGCUGGACUCGUCUCGGCGACAGUAUCAGGAGAAGUACAAGCAGGUGGAGCAGUACAUGUCUUUCCACAAGCUUCCUGCCGAUCUGCGGCAGAAGAUCCACGAGUAUUACGAGCAUCGCUUCCAGGGUAAAAUGUUCGAUGAGGAGAACAUUCUGGGAGAGCUCAGUGAGCCACUGAAUGAGGAGAUUGUCAGCUUCAACUGCAGGAGCCUGGUGGCAAACAUGCCGCUGUUUGCCAAUGCUGAUCCCAACUUUGUGACCGCGGUGCUGACCAAGCUCCGAUUUGAGGUGUUUCAGCCAGCUGACUUCAUCAUCCGUGAAGGAACUGUUGGUCGUAAGAUGUAUUUCAUCCAGCAUGGACGGGUCAGCGUACUGACCAGAGGCAACAAGGAAACCAAACUGAGUGAUGGGUCCUACUUUGGGGAGAUCUGCUUGCUUACUCGUGGACGAAGAACGGCCAGUGUCCGCGCAGACACAUACUGCCGCUUGUACUCUCUCAGUGUGGACAGCUUUAACGAGGUUCUGGAGGAACACCCAAUGAUGCGGCGAGCCUUUGAAACGGUCGCUGUUGACCGUCUGGACCGCAUUGGUAGGAAGAACUCUAUGCUCCUGCGAAAGUCGUCCCAGGGUGGUUCUCUCGGCGGGAGUAUGGGUCGUGGUGGAGGCCGCGGUGGAGGCGGUCCUGGAGCUGGCCUUGCAGCGAGUGGUCUGGGCUCCUGCGACAGCAUGCUGGUGCAGCAGAUUGUGAAGCAUGACAGCAUGCCAGCCAUGCAGGACACCAUCGCAGCCGCUGCCGCAGGAAGGAGUGGGAUAAUUGGAGGAAGUGGCACGGUGUCCCCUCGUCCCCGCCCUGUCAUCUGGGCACCGCUUGUCCAUGCUCCCCUGCAGACGGCUGCUGCAACCAGUAAUGUAGCCAUUGCUCUUAUGCACCAACAGCAGCAGCAACAGCAGCAGCUCCAGCAGCUGCAGCAGCACGCUCUUGGAGCCGGUUUCUUCUUGCCAUCUCCUAUGAUUUCUCCUUCACCCUCAUCCACUUUUCCUCUUUCUCCUCCCCGCGCUCCUGUGCUGCAGCCCCUUCGCCCUUCAGUGAGCUCUCUUAUUGGGAUGAUGGCAAUGGGAGGAAUGAGUGGUUUGUCCCCAAGAGGAUUUCCACUCUCACCCUCAACUAUGGGCCCUCCAGGUGGGGUAACAUCACCUCCAGUUGCUAAAACACCCCCCACUUCAGCUUCUUCUGGACCAACUUGUGUCCAGCAAGGACGGACGGUUAUCUAUGGUCCCCGUUUUCAGGCUGAUCACCCCUCGAUGGCAGCUGGGGCACUUGUAACACCACCAGCAGGAGUUCCAGGCUCACCACUACACAAGGUACCACCCACCAACCCACCCGCAUCCUCCAGUGGCCCAUUGGAUGGAAUCAGCUGUCAGCAGGGUGCCAAAGAGGCUCUUCUACGUCAUGGGGUGAGCAGUUGUCAGGGUCUGCCAGCACUGGGGAGGCUAACCCAAGAGGCAAGGCUCCUGUCAGCCUCGCAGCCCACUCUUCCUCACCGCUCCUGGGCCGCUGUGCAGCCUCAUCCUCCUCUCCAUCGGAAGGCCUCUGGUGGGAAUUUGUUGGCGGCUCCUUUCCUGGCAGGACAGCUGGCAAGAGGUGGCAGUGCAGGCAUGUUGACCAAUAACCCUACGCUACAGCUGGUGACAAACAUACCAUUGAAUGCACAAGUACAGGCCGCAGGUCCUAUUCAGCCAGCUAUGCCACAGGCCAUCCCUGCAAACACAGCCUCUGUGCCCACAGCUGCACACAUCCCCUCUACGCCUUUCUUGCCAUCUUCUUCCCCUCCAAAGCAGACCUCUCUCUCCUCUGUCACCCUGUCACCUACUCCUUCUUCUCCAAUGCCUAUUCUUACCCAAACACCUCGACCAAAGCCGAUUCCUUCGACAUUGUCCUGCUGCUCCUCCCCACCCUCAGCAAGUCCGUUGUCCACACCCCGUCCCAAACCGGUUCCUACACCUUCUCCCCGCUCUUCCUCUCCCUCUCCAUCCUCCACACCUCCUGCCUCAGCUGUUUCUACUCCAGUUCCUCUGGCUCAACCUUACGGACCCAGAUCAUCACUUACAUCUUCAUCUCCCCCGUCCUCUGUGCUCUCCUCUUCUCCACCGCAUCCCCAGAGCCCCAGAGCCAAAGCAUCCAACACACCUCCUUCUGCCUCUCCGCUGUCUGGCCACAGCCCUACCUUGACCCCGACUGUGUCACCAAUACCCACUCCCACUCAGACAACCCGCACCCGACCUUCUACUCCUACCCAGACACUUACUCCUACAUCGUCCCCAUCUCCUUCUGGGCCCUCCUUUAGUAAGUCCCAGAGCCCCACACCUUGCCUCCAGCCCUCUGUCUCUGGCUCACCCAGGGUUUCUGCCUCAAGCAAGACCCCAAAGCAGACUUCCCCUCUCAACCCCAUUCAGUCAUCAGCCCCAGCCUCAGCACCUCUUAGCACAAACUCUCCAACAAAAGUAACUUUCUCAGUUCAUCCUGUGAAGCAAACCUCUCCUGUCCUUUCUCAUAGUCCUACUUCAGGCUCCAAACAAAGCCUUUCAACGACAUCAUCCUCAGUAACUUCAUGUCCCAGCCAAAGCUCCUUAAACCCUUCCUCCAUUUCUACCAAUUCCUCCACCACCACAGCCUCUUAUCAACAAGCUUCCACCGCUGCAGCCAACCAGACAACACACACACCCACCUCGCCAAAAGGGGGGAAGAAAGACCCUCAGCUGGCAGUCACCAGAACAGACUCGGAGGGACUAAGGCACAAACUGCCUGCUAACAUGUAAGAGGAGGAAGAAUAUUUCAUUGACUUUUUGUGCUGCGACCAGUGCUAAAUACCAGAGCCAUGGAUGUGCAGACUUGAGUCAAACUUGCCACCAGGUAGCCCAUGAUCUCACAUGAACAGUUCAUACAUGUUGAAUUUACUCUAGGAUGUGGUUGACUUAGAAUAUCAGGUCUUCAUGGGACUUUCAGCAAAGCCAUUGAUUGAGAAGGACUUCAUGGAAGCGACCAGUGGGUCUUACUCGCUAAGAGGAGCGUCUACUGAACAUCCAAAUGUAUACAUUCAUGUCUGUGUUAGUGAUUGUUGGAGCAAGCAGGUAAGCUGAAGUGGAAAUAUGUUGCACUGCAGUGUGGUUGGGGGUUGGCAUGGGCAGGUCAGAGUACCCUGAGGUUUUAAGGCACUUCUUAAAAACUUAUUUUGUCCCUUGUCCAGCUGUUGCUGAUGAUCAGCUGGCUGAAAGGAAGCUGCUGCAUCUUUUUUUUUUUUUUUUUUUA